GCGCUGUCCGUCUCAUCAUUCUCCCUUUUUGGUACAUUGUAUUCCUCAUAUCACAAUGGUGGCCAAAGAGAGGCCAUAUCUCGACCGCGUCUUCACUGCCAGUAGCACGGAGGAAUCCCAGCGGCUCUAUGACGAGUGGGCUGCAACAUACGAAUCAGACAUGCAAAAGCGAGACUUUACAGCACCGCGACUCGUUGCGGAAGCAGUCGCCAGAGGGCUCAGGCUCAACCAUCUACAUCGAGACCCCGGUGAGGUCCUCAAAGGCGUCCGAAUAGUGGAUGCCGGCUGCGGAACUGGCACCGUCGACAACGAGCUUGCAGAGAUAGGCGCAAAAGAUAUCGACGGUCUUGAUAUCAGCAAAGGCAUGCUGCAAGUUGCGCGCAAGAGUGGUGUUUACAAGGAUCUGAAGAUUGCAGACCUGAUGAAGAAGCUAAAAUUCGAUGAUGGAGAGUACUACUGUGGCCACGAUGCGCUUACCUGCUGCGGCACGUUCACGCAUGGGUAUCUAGGGCCAGAGCCGCUCGCUGAGUUCGUGCGGAUUGCGAAGAGCGGAGGCGUUGUUGUUGCUACGGUGCUGGACAGCCACUGGGUGGAGAAGGGAUUUGAGGCUGAGGCCAAGCGAUUAAAGGAGACUGGCGUAUGCUCCAUUGUGGAGCACAAGGUCCAUCAAUAUCGCAGAGAUGCAGGAGGAGGACGCACCCUGAUUCUCAGGAGUCUCUGA